CCAGAAACCGUUUGCUUUCUUACGUAAACAGAGCAGAGGCAGAGCAAAAUAAGUCAGAACAGAAGAGCGAACUCUCCUGCAACCGCUAUGCUAAACUGAGUUAAAAGAGCUAGUAUGAAGGUGGUGAACCUGAAGCAGGCCAUUCUCCAGGCUUGGAAGGAGCGCUGGACUGACUAUCAGUGGGCCAUCAAUAUCAAACGGAGCUGUCCCAAGGGAGUAACAUGGGAUUACCUCAACCUGGCAGAGGCUCUUUUGGAGCAAGCGAUGAUUGGUCCUUCACCCAAUCCACUCAUCUUAUCCUAUCUCAAGUAUGCCAUCAGUUCUCAGAUGGUAUCCUACUCCAGUGUACUAACAGCUAUCAGCAAGUUUGAUGACUUUUCUCGUGAGCUCUGUGUCAAAUCUCUGUUGGAGAUCAUGGAUAUGUUCUCUCACCGCCUCAGCUGCCACGGAAAGGCAGAGGAGUGCAUUGGGCUGUGUCGGGCUUUGCUUGGCAGUGUGGCAUGGCUGCUCCAGGGUUGUGCCUUCUACUGUGAGAAGCUGAGAGAACCAGGGGCCCUACAUGGGGGAGAGACCAGUCUUAGGGCUUGCCAGGAGCGUCUGGACAGCCUAAUCAAGAGCACUAAGAACAGGGCCCUGGUGCAUGUAGCCAGACUGGAGGAGCAGGCAUCUUGGACCAACGUGGAACAAGCUUUGGUCAAACUUACCGAAAAUCUUAGCAACGUGACCAAUCAGACACUGAGAAACAAACUUGAAGAGUGUGCCUCAUUGGUUAAGAGCGUGCCUCAAAUGUUGUCCGUUCAGUGUGAUCCACCUCUUCAUACCUCCUUCCCCUCUGUGCAUGCGUUCAUCAUGCUGGAGGGAACAAUGAACCUCACAGGGGAGACACAGCCAUUGGUGGAGCAGCUCAUGAUGAUCAAGAGGAUGCAGCGGAUCCCGGCCCCGUUGUUUGUACUGGAGAUCUGGAAAGCCUGUUUUACGGGCCUUAUUGAGUCCCCAGAAGGAACAGAAGAGCUCAAGUGGACGGCCUUUACUUUCCUGAAGAUCCCACAAGUGUUGCUGAGACUAAAGAAGUAUCCACAGGGAGAAAAGGACUUCAUGGAAGAUGUGAACAUAGCCUUUGAGUACCUUCUGAAGCUUACUCCACUGCUGGACAAAGCUGACCAGAGAUGCAACUGUGACUGCCUGAGCUUGUUACUACAGGAGUGUAAUAAGCUGGGUCUGCUGUCUGAGUCCAACACAGCCAACCUGACAGCCAAACGUGCUGAGGACAGGGAGCAUGCACCACGGCUAAAGACAGCAGAAAAUGCCAAUAUCCAGCCAAACCCAGGCCUUAUUCUGCGUGCUGAACCUACAGUCACUAACAUUCUCAAGACGGUAGACGCGGAUCAUUCCAAGUCUCCAGAGGGUCUUUUGGGAGUGCUGGGACACAUGCUUUCUGGCAAAAGUCUGGAUCUUCUACUGGCUGCAGCAGCUGCAACAGGAAAACUCAAGUCCUUUGCUCGCAAGUUUAUCAAACUGAAUGAGUUCCCAAAGCACAUCAGUGGAGAGGGAUCAAAGUCGGCUUCAGUGCGAGCAUUGCUGUUUGACAUCUCCUUCCUCAUGCUGUGUCAUGUAGUACAGACAUAUGGAUCAGAGGUGAUCUUAUCAGAGCCCAGUCCGUCAGGGGAGACUCCAUUCUUUGAGACGUGGUUGCAGAUGUGUAUGCCUGAGGAAGGCAAAACUCUAAAUCCUGAUCAUCCAUGCUUCCGCCCUGAGUCUGGCAAAGUGGAGAGUCUGGUGGCUCUUUUAAAUACCUCCUCAGAGAUGAAGCUAGUGCAGAUGAAGUGGCAUGAGAUUUGUCUCAGUACCCCAGCAGCCAUCCUGGAGGUCCUGAAUGCUUGGGAGAAUGGAGUGUUGUCUGUAGAGGCUGUGCAAAAGAUAACAGACAAUAUUAAAGGGAAGGUCUGUAGCAUGGCCAUCUGUGCAGUGGCCUGGCUGGUUGCUCAUGUUCGCAUGCUGGGAUUGGACGAGAGGGAAAAACCUCAAACUAUGAUUCGUCAGCUGAUGACUCCUCUGUAUGGAGAAAACACACUGCAGUUCUACAAUGAACGUGUUGUGAUAAUGAGUUCGAUUCUGGAGCACAUGUGUGCAGAUGUGUUCCAGCAAACAGGUCUGUCUCUACGCCCUUCGGUGGAAGGGCAGGAGCCCAUCCCUUACCGGAACCUUCUCCCAGCACGCCAGCCCAUCCGCCAGACUCUUCAGGCCCAGUUCAGAGAGGUUCUGGGCAAAGGCUGGGUGGACUCCCGUGCUCUGCACAUUUUUGAGAGCCUCCUUCACAUGGGAGGAGUGUUCUGGUUUACCAACAACCUGGUCAAGGAGCUACUGAAGGAGACCCGUAAGGAGUGGGCGUCGCGUGUGGUAGAGUUGCUGUACAGUAUAUUCUGUUUGGACACACAGCAGAUCACUCUAACUCUCCUCGGUCACAUUCUACCCAAUCUUCUGACUGACCCCGCCCACUGGCACAGUUUGGCAGACCCGCCCGGCAAGGCCCUUGCUAAGUUGUCUGUGUGGUGUGCUCUCAGUUCUUAUUCUUCCCAUCAUAAAGGCCAGGCCUCAGCCCGUCAGCGCAAGAGACAGCGAGAGGACAUAGAGGACUACACCAGUUUGUUCCCACUGGACGACACACAGCCGUCUAAGCUGAUGCGUCUUCUCAGCUCCAAUGAGGAUGAACCUGUCGUGCUGUCCAGUCCAGGUGACCGCACCAUGAGCAGUUCCCUCUCCGCCUCCCAACUUCACACGGUCAACAUGAGAGACCCUCUCAACCGUGUGCUAGCGAACCUGUUCCUGUUGAUCUCCUCCAUCCUGGGCUCUAAGACAGCUGGGCCCCACACUCAGUUUGUGCAGAGUUUCAUAGAGGAGUGUGUAGAGUGCUCAGAGCAGGGCAGCCGCGGAAGCAUCUUGCAGUUCAUGCCCUUCACAAUGGUCUCUGAGCUUGUGAAGCUACCUGCCAUGGCAAAGCCCAAAGUGAUCCUGUCAAUCACAGACUUGACCCUCCCAUUGGGUAGAAGAGUAGCUGCUAAAGCCAUUGCAGCCCUCUAGGGAAGACACACACACACACAAACACACACGCACUCAUUCGGUCCGCCACACUGCCUUCUAGCAGUGUUUUCACAAAAGUCCUCUCAGAGUCUCCCCAACAAAGUCAACUUCUCUUCAAGACACUGCUUUCUUGCACUGUUCAAUACAGCACCCAGUUUUGAAUUAUUUUGAUAUUCAGAGAAUUGCAACAACAUCUUUUAAGUGUCACGCCACAGUAGACUUUUUGCCAACGUUCCAACAUUCAACCACAUAAGGUCCCCUGUUACAUUUAAAGUUUUAAUUUUAGUUUCAAUACACCCCUCAUACUUUGAAAGCCAGUUUACAUUUUUGUGGACGCUGUUGUUUUGAAUAUAAGUUCAAAACCCUCUGUUGUUAGUAGAACCCUUGAGUUACUUCAAAAGACCUCUUCGCUUUGCGGUACCACAUGUCAGACUUUCAUUCUGGUCAGUGGGGAAAAAGGAGAUUUACAAGAAGUAACAGCUGUUCUAAACAUAUUUAUCUGUAAAGCUCUGAGUUGUUCUAGACAGUUUGGCGUGAAUCAGUGGGUGGAAAUGAAGAGGAUGGUUUUAUGACUCAGUUUUGAUAUGAUACAUGUUGGCUUUGCUCACACCCUUGCAGUAUUGGUUAUUGCUGAUGUAAACAACACCUUAACCGAUGCAUUUUUUUUUUAACUUCUUAAGAAGGGGAGAAAAAAUGUGUAGGUAUGUAUUUUGUUGUAGCCAAGUGUUUUAAUCUGUCAAAGUUCAUUUAGUUUCUUGUUCAUUUAUAUUUUCAUGUUUUUGUUUUGUUUUUUUGUAAUAGUAAUACAAAAGUGCUGUGUUUGACUGAUUAUAAUACCAUGUAUGCCAGUUGAGCACAAAAAGAAACAGAAAACUUUGCACUACUUACAUAUGUAAC